UCAUCGGUCAUCAAUAACGCGGUGAUAUCAUGAAAUGUAUAGUAAUUACGUAUUUAGUAAUUUGCUAAAUUUAUUUUACCUUCCGGCAAAAAUACGUGAAUGUCAAUGUUAUUUAAAACGGGUAUACGUUUAGAAUAAUUAAACAGUCAAGUUGUAUAACUUCUUAAGUAGCGAAACACGAUAAGGCGAAACUUUCUCCCUCAUUCAUUGGAUAGUCGAGUUGUUGUGUGCAGUGUAAACGCAUUCAUUCGAAAUGGAAAUUAAAUUCGUACAAUGUCUGAUACUACUCCCGUUCGUGUGGGCGGUACCCCCAGAACCGGAGCUGGAUCUACCCCCCAGGCCCUACGCCUUUGGUUACGCGGCAGGAAGAUUCGCCGGUCACAUCGAUCGGACCCAUUCCGAAAUUAGCACCGGAGAUGGCGUCGUUAAAGGUACCUACUCGUACGUCGACCCGCGCCACCAAAUACGCACGGUCGACUACAUCGCCGAUAAGCAGGGCUUUCGCGCCGUUUUAAACCACAGCCCGCUUCCGCUUCCCGUGGACUCGCCCGUCGUCGCCGCGGCGAAGGAGCGACAUCUGCAGCAGUACAACGCAAUCGCGCACUCGCAUCAGGCGCCUCCUGGCUAUCUCGUAGUGCCGGCCGACUCUGCCGCCGUGCACCACGCCAAGGUGAAGCACUUGAGUUUGUACGAGCAGAUCGCGGCCGAACAUGCACGAAUCGCCCACGAACGUGGGGCUUUCGAGGCGGAGACGGCAGAUCCGCAUGUUGUAUAAUGUUCUGAUAAUGUCGACGUAAUUUUAGUGUAUGUCAAUAAAUGAUAUUUAAAUUGGA